AAAAGCAUAGGCAAAUUAUCUCAUGAGUGCGUGCUAUCUGCGACGAAGGCGAAAUUGAAAGUGAAACAAUAGUGUAUUGUUAAAAAUCAUUGCGCAUGGUUACGAUCUCGCAAAUUCACGUGUGACACAGGUGCUCGACAACAAAAUUAAUGGGGACACGAUGAAAAUGGCCUUCUUGGUACGGGACGGUCCCGUCAUAUUGUUGGCGCUCUGGAUAAAUUCGUGCGUCUUUGGAUAUAAUAUAGACACAAACAUUCCAGUGAUAAAAAUUGGUCAGCCAGGCAGCUAUUUCGGAUUUGCAGUAGCAGAACACAUAAAUAACGAGCAUUUAAUUCUUGUCGGAGCCCCUUUACAUAAUAGUACCAUUGAUGGAAACAUUGUACAGGCUGGAGGAGUUUAUAAAUGUAAUGUUAGGUCUAUGGACCCUGACGAUUGUCAGCUGAUAGAGGAUAUAGAUUCUGCAAUAAGUAAUGAUGGAGAAAAGUCUGGACAAUGGAUGGGGUCGACCAUCAGUAGUACCACACAGAGGGGCAAACGUGUACUGGUUUGUGCACACAGGUAUACAACAAAUUUUGUGGGCAUAGGAACUUGUGUGACCUUGAACCCUGACCUGACCGCUGAGAAUGAGAGACGACCUUGUCGGGACGAUGGUCUGGAGAAUGAAGGGAUAGCAUACUGCCAGGCAGGAACCUCUGGAAUUAUGAUGAAUGAUGAGCGCAUCUUACUGGGAGCUCCAGGGGCUGUUGAUUGGACAGGUGGUUUGUGGACACAGUACACUGGAGAUGACAUCAGACAGGACCUGUCAUGGUUCAGAACUCCUAUCUAUCCCACGGAGGACACUCGCAAGCCACGCCCCAUUGACCUAACGUCUUACAUGGGAUUCUCAGUGACAUAUGGAAGAUUUGACCCCAAUGGAGUGACCUAUGUAGGCGGGGCCCCGCGGUCCGUAUCCAAGGGACAGGUGGUUCUGUUUGUGAAAGAUACCAAGGGACUAACAUACCGAGACAACCAGAUUCUGACGGGGGAGGAACCAUUUUCUGCUUUUGGUUACUCUCUAACAGCCUUUGACGUCAAUGAUGAUUCGUUUGAUGAUUUGAUCGUAGGUAGCCCAAUGUACCUUGAGAAGGACCAAAGCAUUGGUGGCGCCAUCUACAUUUACAUGGGAAGCGACUCUGAAAUGAUUACAAAAGAUUCAGUGCCCAUAAAGAUAACGAGUCGUAAGAUGAGUGAGGGAGACUGUAUGAAGUUCAUGUGUAAGGAUGCCAGGUUUGGCCACACACUGGCCAAGGCGGGUGAUAUCAACCUCGACGGUUACCAAGAUUUGGUGGUUGGGGCUCCAUAUGAAGGUGUAGAUAAAGGUGCCAUAUACCUUUUCCACGGCUCUGCUGAGGGUCUGAGGGAAACCUACGCCCAGAGAAUCUAUGCCUCCGACAUUGUCACAAGUCCCCCAUUAAGGGCCUUUGGACAUUCAAUCUCCGGAGGUAUGGACAUGGACGGAAAUGGGUAUGAUGACAUCGCUGUCGGCUCCUACGAUUCUGGACAGGCAAUUCUCCUACGGACACGACCAAUCGUACACUUGACAGCUAGUAUUUCUGUGGCACCCACCAAAUUCAACAUUUCCCAGCCAGCCAUGUGUUAUAACGGAGUGAAGAAACGCUGUGUUGUCAUGACAUUUACUCUCUCCUAUACCAUAGAUCCUGUUAGAAUGUUACCACUUCAAGUCGUCUAUACCAUUGAAGCUGAUACUGAGAAACGGAGAAAGAGAGUUGAGUUUCAAAACCCAACUCCAGGUUUAAAUGGCCAGAUUGAGAAAACAGUCUCCCUUCCCACAGUCAACAGACCGGAGGAAUUCAAACAUAUCAUCUACUUAAAGGAAAACUUCCAGGACAAGUUACACCCUGUGAAGUUCAAGGCCUCAUACAAACUUCCGGAUGAGAACUGGCCCACGCGCAGUAAAAGGCAGGCGGUUUUCCCCGACAUUAACCAAUUCCCCGUACUGCGUCUGACUGGAGGGGCGGGUGAGACGGAUAUAACCUUGAAUACAGAGAUAGCCUUUGCCAAGGAGUGUGGCAGCAAUGAUAUCUGUGAGAGCAGUUUGAGCAUGAUGGUUGAAGUCGUACUUACAGAUAUAGACAGGAAGACUGGCUACCCAGUGAUGACAGAUAUCGGAGCUGAUCUAACCAUUAGGUUCCAUGUCUCAAACACCAUGGAGCCAGCGUAUGAAACUAUGUUCUACAUUGUCGUCCCAGAGGAGUUCGAAUACAAGAACUCCAAAGCUUUAAAUUCUGAUUCCUUCCUGCCCGAGUGUUCGGUGUUCAACUCCACCAUGAUGAUAUGUGGAGGACUUGGUAACCCACUGUUUAAGAAUAUGGUCAGGGAAUUCACAAUCACUUUUAACACAGGAGGUCUCGACCCCAAGACCAACUACUUCACAAUGAAAGCCUUUGUCAAUACGACGAGUGCAGAACAGACGCCCAUUGAGGAUAUGAAGAGCCUGACGGUGAAAGUCGUAUCCAAGACCAACAUGGUUGUAUAUGGGUCAGCCAAGCCUGAUGCCGAUGUGGUGUUCAGCGGAGAGGUGCGAGGGGAGAGUGCUAUCUCCCGGGCAGCACAGAUAGGACCCGCUAUCAACCACACCUACGUGAUUUCAAAUGACGGCAACAGUACAGUGGGUCAGGCUGAGUUCCAAAUCGACUGGCCUUACGAGAUGAAACCCAUGUUAGCCGGACACAGUGGCAAACACCUCCUCUACCUCAUUGACAUCCAGAAAGAGUAUGGUGAUAUUGACUGUAGCCGCAUGGACCCGUCCAUUUUCAAUCCUCUAAACGUAGAUACAAAUGAAGAUGGCUACUCAACUCUCGGUCAGCGCCGUAGACGACAGGCUGAGAAAAACGUUGACGAGGAAGAGAAAGAGGGAGAGAGCAAGAAUGACGACGAGUCACGUGUACGACUCGCAGAACAGAGGGAAAAAAUGGAAAAAGUAAUCCUUUUGAGCUGUGAAAAUGAAAAUGUACGAUGUUCCCGUUUGACAUGUACGAUCUACCGUCUUGGUCCCAGGGACUCUGCAAGUGUUAAGGUCAUUGCUAGGCUAUGGGAAAGUACCCUACUGGAGGACUUCCCGGCUGUGGAUAUGGUCAAGAUACAGUCUAGAGGUCAAGUGAAGCUUGACCCUGCUCUUAAUAUAGAACAAUCAGAUUUACUGGAUGAUAUUGACGUGGCAACAACAUACACCAUUCCAGACGUGGCAACACGGCCAGCCAAAGAUGUGGCCUGGUGGAUUAUACUGGUGGCAGUAGUGGGGGGCAUCGUCUUGCUCGUGGUGUUGAUCAUACUCCUCUGUCUGUGUGGAUUCUUCAAGAGGAUUCGACCCACCAAAAACGAGGGGUAUGAACCUACCUAUCGCGGAGAAAUCAUAUCUGGUAUUGAGAAAAAUGGAGAAUUCAAGUAGAUGUUUGAUUUUGAAGAUAACCGUCCAAGAUGAUCAAACACUAAACUACAAGACAUUCCAUAAACUUUACAAGUGCAGGUCAAUUAGGAAUGGUACCAAUGUCUGGCUGUGAAAACGAGGGAGGAGACUGGAUUCACAUGUCAAGAGAUAUCAACAAACCACCAGUUUAUUACAAAGUUUGCCUCCAUGGCAGAUUUAAUGUGGAUAUUGUUUUGUACAGUAAAACAAGAACAUGUGAAUUUGUAAAUUAUUGUGCAAUAUUGAAACAAUUCCAUCAGCAAGAGAAAUCAAGGAUAACAUUUCCUUUGAAUAUCUUGUAACAUGUUUGAAGAACUCACAGUAUAGAUGCUUUACCUCUAGAUACUAUUUUUGGAUUUUGGAUUUUUUUUUCUUAACAAUAUAUUGUUGACGAUCUCGGAGUAAAGUGCAUCUGAGUGAGAAAAUCUUGACAUAUAAAGUGGAAUAUGGUUUCAUUAAGGUUGAAUUUUUAAACAAAUGAAAACGAUCAUUCUACCGCUAAAUAAUAUUCAGCAGGAUAAAUUCUUUAACAUUUUUAAAGGGAUCCGAGUAGUACUGUACACAGCUUUGCUUCUGCGCCGAUAUUUUAACAUUUUCAGGAAGAAGUACGAUUUCACAGUGCUAGAUUUGUUGUUUCAAACAUUGUCUGUUCCCUCUUUCCUUAAUUGUUAUUUGCUGUGACUGUUUUUAGAAGAUGAGGAAUACCACAGAAGUUGUGAACAUUAUAACACACUUUUACUAGGUGUUGCUUUGAACAACAGACUUAUACAAAUUUGUCGUGUUGAAUGGGUUAUUUGAUUCCUGCAAACUGUCUAUCCAGCAAAUUCAGACACAAUCACAAUCACUUUGAUGUAUAUUGCUGGUCCUAACCUGCAACGUGAAAUCAGAAGUUAAGAUGUUUUCAGGGUUUUUUCAGGGAAAAUGGAUAAAAAACAUUCAGUGUCGUUUCACCUGUACAACAGAGAUAACAGUGCCUCAAAAAUUAACAAUGAUAUAUAGUGCCAUUUACAUUAACUUUGAGAUAGGUAAGAUGUUCAUUAACAAAAGAGAUUGGGCCAGAUAGAAAUCUUCGUUUGAAUAAAUGAACAGAGGAAAUGCUAUAUAAAUGGUGAUUAAAAAUGUAGCUGAAUUUUGUAGAUCUGUAUUCCAGAAAAUUUGUGUUACAGUUUCAUUUUUCGCCUUAGUCACCCUCUGUAAUAAGGCUAAUUUAUCUAUCAUUUACAGCAAGUGAAGGGCAAAGUUUGACUGGACGAAAAGUCCCCGUUAUACAUGAAUUGAAUUAAUAUCAAGUUUAGUUUAGUAUGAUGAUUUCAAAGAGUAUGACAUUAUUAUAUUGUAUAUUGUACUUGGUGAAUUGUAAUAAUGAAAUAUAGUCUGGAAAAUUGUCAAUGAGCAGAAAUUCUCGUAGUCUUGAUAAAUAUGUCGUUGAAUACCGUAAAUUCACUGUGAAUUCCAAGCAUGGGCUAAACACAGGUGGAAUUUGGUAUCUUCCAAUGAAGUUUAGGUAAUUGAAUUAUGAUUGAAUAUGAUUGACAUAUUAAUUUUAAUCUGUGAUAUGUAGAAAUUUAUAUUUUACUCCUUAAAUAUUGAUAUCGGUAGACUGAUGCCAAAAUAUGAUACAUUCAGUAUACUUACUAGCUCCUUAAAACAAGUGUAUGGAUGUCAAAUGUUGUAUUGAAAUGUACUGCAGUUUUGUAUUUGCUUUGUAUAUGGAAGGCUUCAGUUUAUUGCUUGUAGGUCUCGGGAUCACAAAACAGUGCAAGUUUUAAGUCUAACUUUCAAAUGAUAAAAAAGUAAUAUUUCUCUUGGAUAUCAGUUUAAUCACGGACUUAUAUAGUCUAAUUCCGUGGUUUAAUGUACACUAAUUUACUUAGCCCUUUAACCCCUAUGUAACUUUAGUAGACUCUACCAUGCAUUGAUAUGGAUGAGUCCAUUAUAUGGUCUACAGUGGUGAAAUGGUUAAUCAGUUUUCGAUGAGGAACAGAAAAUUAAAGAAUAAACAUUUAAAUUUGAGCUUAAAUCUACAUUGGUUGUGAUUUUGAGACCAGGUUUGUCUUUGUAUAUAGUCGAACAUAGUUUGCCUAAAAUCUUUAGUUUCCAAAAAAUAUCAUAAAUGCAUGUAAAACAUUUUCAGGAGUAAUGGACAUUUUUUGCCCUCUGCUUUGUGUAUAAAUUAUGGCAAUUGUGAUCAAAGGAUUGCUUCCUGAAUGUCAUCAAAAACGUUUUGGUUGUCAUAGUAACAGAUUAAUAGUAUUGCUUUGUAUAUGACAGAGAAUUUUAUAUCCCUAAAGAUUUUUUUGUGAAAACUUUUCUGUUGUCACUUUAUUUUAAACUUGAGGUUGGAUUUAUAAUUUACAUCCCUAAAAGUAAUCUAAGAAUACUUGAACCUUUUUUUCAAUGUUGUCUUUUUUCUAUCAUUAUAACAACAUUCUUGUACUUAUUAUAUAUAUAUAUAUAUAAAACAAAUGACAAGAGUUUCUUAGUACCUCCCUAGCGCUUUCAUCUCUUUAGACGUUCAUGAGGGGAUAUAUAUAAAUAGGCAAAAAGGGGCAACAUUUUCAUUGAAUUUUUUUUAUCAUUGAUAUUUUCAUUUUAUUA